CCCGCAGGGUUCCCGGAGGCCCUGUGCCCCAGGGAGGAGGGUGAGGAGGAGGAAGAGCACAGGCAGAGACCAAGACCUGUCACCUUCACGCUGGGCAACGAGGUGCUGGGGCUGGGCCCAGAGAGCGAGUUUCAGACCCCCGACGCUGAGGUCUACAUGCACUUCAUGAGGAGCCACUGCUGCUAUGAUGCUGUCCCUACCAGCUGCAAGCUCGUCGUCUUCGACAUCUCCCUGGAGGUGACAAAGCAGGGGAGCAGCAUGGAUGGGCAGGGGGGGAGGCCUUCCCCUGCCUGGGAGCGAGGGGUGCGGGCUGUGCUGCCAGCCCCACAUGUCCCUGCAGGGAUGCUCACCAUCACCGACUUCAUCAACAUCCUCCACCGCUACUACCGUUCGCCCCUGGUUCAGAUCUACGAGGUGGAGGAGCACAAGAUUGAGACCUGGAGAGAGGUGUACCUGCAGGGCUCCUUCAAGCCACUGGUCUACAUCUCCCCGAGCAAUAGCCUCUUCGACGCUGUCUACUCCCUGAUCAAGCACAAGAUCCACCGCCUGCCUGUCAUCGAGCCCAUCUCGGGCAACGUCCUGCACAUCCUGACGCACAAGCGCAUCCUCAAGUUCCUCCACAUCUUCGGCUCCACCAUUCCCAAGCCGCGCUUUCUGAAGAAAACAGUGCAGGAGCUGUGCGUUGGCACCUUCCGUGACGUGGCCGUUGUGCCUGAGACAGCCCCCAUCUACGCCGCCCUGGAGAUCUUUGUGGACCGCCGCGUCUCUGCCCUACCCGUCAUCAACGAUGCUGGGCAAGUGGUCGGCCUCUACUCCCGGUUCGAUGUCAUUCACCUGGCAGCCCAGAAGACCUACCACAACCUGAUGCGCUGCCUGCGCCCACAGGUCCAUCGCUUGGUUCUGGUGGACGAGAACCAGCACCCGCGGGGCAUCGUCUCCCUCUCUGACAUCCUCCAGGCCCUUGUGCUCACUCCUGCAGGUAUCGAUGCUCUUAACUCUUAG